AUGUCAUCUAUUAUUCCGGAACUGUUGCGACUGUUUGCUGCGUUGAAGUCCUUCCAUAGAACAUGGGCCGGGACUUUCUACUGUAAGCCCGAAGCGUAUUUUCAGCCCACUAAUGUAGAAGAGAUUAAAGAAUUGGUUAACCAAGCCCGGAUAAACCACAAGACUAUCAUGACUGUUGGAUCUGGCCAUUCGCCUUCUGAUUUGACCAUGACCAACGAGUGGCUUUGUAACUUGGACAAGUUCAACCGGGUUCUUAAAGUAGAUGAACAUCAUGGACCAUCUACCACCAAUCCAUUGGAGAAAGAGGUGAAGUUUGUUGAUUUAACCGUUGAAGCCGGGAUUCGGAUUUAUGAAUUGAAUGAGUAUUUGAAGGCAAACAAGUUGGCUAUUCAGAAUUUAGGUUCAAUUAGUGAUCAAUCAAUUGCCGGAUUGAUUUCAACCGGAACUCAUGGUUCAUCUCAAUAUCAUGGGUUGGUCUCUCAACAAAUUGUACUGAUUGAUAUUGUGAAUUCUGCCGGAGAAUUGAUCACUUGCUCAUCCAUUGAGAAACCGGAAUUAUUUAGAGCUGCUUUACUUUCGUUGGGUAAAAUUGGGAUCAUCACUCAUGUGACCAUAAGAACAUGUCCUCAAUAUACUUUGAAAUCCAAACAGGAAAUCAUCAAUUUCCAAACGUUAUUGGACAAUUGGGAUCUGAUUUGGUUGGACUCCGAAUACAUAAGAAUCUGGUGGUUUCCUUAUACUUCCAAGUGUAUUUGUUGGAGAGCUUCUAAAUCUGAUGAUCAAUUAUCUGAUCCUAGACCUUCAUGGUACGGUACAACUUUAGGAAGAUUGUUUUAUGAGUCUUUACUUUGGUGUUCUGUUCAUUUGAUUCCCAGUUUGACUCCUUAUAUUGAGUCGUUUGUGUUUAAUCAACAAUACGGUAAUGUGGAAACGUUUGGUAACGGUGAUAUUGCCGUUCAACAUUCAGUUGAUGCCUUAAAUAUGGAUUGCUUAUUCAGUCAAUUUGUUGAUGAAUGGUCUGCUCCCUUAAAUGAAGGCCAAGCUGUUUUAUUGAAGUUAAAGGCUGAAAUAGAACGUGCAAGAGAUUCCGGUGAUUACUAUGUCCAUGCCCCCAUUGAAGUUAGAUGUUCAAAUACUACAAACUCAAAUGUUGCAUUUGUUGAUGAUGCUACUAAAGAACCUUCAUUAUAUCCUUCUGAAUCCUGGUUAGCUAAAAGAGAUAGACUUAGUUCUGGUCCUAUUCCGGGGAAUAACUUCCGUCCUUAUCUUGAUAAUUCUCCAGAUAAUUUGAUUCAUGAACCAGAGUUAAAAAACGUUACAAAUGAUCAAUUGACUCUAUUUAUCAAUGCUACCAUGUACAGACCGUUUGGAACCAACGUUAAUGCUUGUCAAUGGUUUCAAACAUUUGAAAACAUUCUUGGUGAUGUUGGAGGUAAACCUCAUUGGGCCAAAAACUUUAUUGGAUUAGAAGGAUCUAAAAUCGACAAUGAUGAUUUGAAUUAUCAAGUGAAAUAUGGCGGGAAACCAUUCUACGCUAUGAUUGGAUUUGACCCUGUAAUGAAGAAAUGGUUUGGUGAUAACUUGAUUCAAUACAAUAAAGUUAGAAAUGAAAUGGAUCCUCAUGGAGUCUUCUUAAGUGGUAAGAAUUGGUUAAAGAGAAAUGGAAUACUCAUCAAUACUGACUAA